GAGAGCUCCUGCCGCCGGACGCCAUUUUGUGGGUUUAUAGCGGCGGUGGCUGGGUGUCCUGCUGGCCGCUGGCUGGAACCUGUUGCUUCGUAGUUCCGUGUUGUGCAAUGGACGGGUGCUGUCUGUAAAACCAGGCUCUGUAGUGACAUCUGGUGGCAGCAACGUUAACAGCAGUUCCCUGGUUAAGGCCCCUUCACACGCAGAUGACAGAGAGGAUCUGACGAGCUUUUCUCCAGCAUCUCCAACGGCCCGUAUAUCAUGAGCACCACAGCCAAUGGGAACGACAGCAAGAAGUUCAAAGGUGACAUAAGAGGUCCCGGGGUGCCCUCCAGGGUCAUCCACAUCCGCAAGCUUCCCAGCGAUAUCACUGAGGCCGAGGUGAUCAGCCUGGGUCUGCCCUUCGGAGACGUCACCAACCUGCUGAUGCUCAAAGCCAAGAACCAGGCCUUCUUAGAGAUGAACUCAGAAGAAGCAGCUCAGAACAUGGUGGGUUAUUACUCCACAGUGAUGCCCAUCAUCAGACACCAUCCCGUCUACGUCCAGUUCUCCAACCACAAGGAGCUCAAGACUGACAACUCACCCAACCAGGAGAGGGCCCAGGCGGCUCUCCGGGCCCUCACUUCGUCUCAUGUGGACGCGGCUGUGGCGGCUCCGAGCACAGUGCUGAGGGUGGUGGUGGAGAACCUGGUCUACCCCGUCACCCUGGACGCCCUCUGCCAGAUCUUCUCCAAGUUCGGCACCGUGCUGAGGAUCAUCGUCUUCACCAAGAACAGUCAGUUCCAGGCUCUGCUGCAGUAUCCUGACGGAGCGUCUGCACAGGCAGCUAAACUGUCUCUGGAUGGACAGAACAUCUAUAAUGGCUGCUGCACUCUUAGGAUCAGUUUUUCCAAACUCACCAGCCUCAACGUCAAAUACAACAACGAAAAGAGCCGAGACUUCACCAGACCUGACCUGCCCACCGGAGACAGCCAGCCCACCAUGGAGCACCCGGCCAUGGCUACAGCCUUCACUCCAGGUAUCAUCUCAGCUGCACCUUACGCUGGAGCAACUCACGCCUUCCCACCCACCUUCACCAUCCAGCCUGCAGUGUCCUCCCCCUAUCCAGGCCUGACGGUCCCUGCUCUGCCGGGAGCCCUGGCCUCUCUGUCCCUCCCUGGGGCCACCAGGCUUGGAUUCCCCAACAUCUCUGCUGGACACUGUGUCCUGUUGGUCAGCAACCUCAACCCCGAGAGAGUUACGCCCCACUGCCUCUUUAUUCUCUUCGGUGUUUAUGGCGAUGUGAUGAGAGUGAAGAUUCUGUUCAACAAGAAGGAAAACGCUCUGGUUCAGAUGUCUGACAGCACACAGGCUCAACUAGCUAUGAGUCACCUGAAUGGCCAGCGGCUGCACGGGAAGCCUCUGCGCAUCACGCUGUCCAAACACACUAACGUCCAGCUUCCCCGUGAAGGCCACGAGGACCAGGGCCUGACCAAAGACUACAGCAACUCCCCCCUGCACCGCUUCAAGAAGCCCGGUUCCAAAAACUACUCCAACAUCUUCCCACCUUCUGCCACCCUACACCUCUCCAACAUCCCCCCUUCUGUGGUAGAAGAUGACCUCAAGAUUCUGUUUUCCAGCUCAGGAGCCAUGGUGAAGGCCUUCAAGUUCUUCCAGAAGGAUCAUAAGAUGGCUCUGAUCCAGAUGGGCUCAGUGGAGGAGGCCAUUGAGUCCCUCAUCGAGUUCCACAACCAUGACCUGGGAGAGAACCACCACCUGCGGGUCUCCUUCUCCAAGUCCUCCAUCUGAGCCUUGGAAUCCACUGUCAGGAUCCUCCACGCUCCUCUGAGAGCGGACUCGAUGGUGUCCACUACACUCCGAUCAUUCCAACAAAUGUCUGCAGAAACCACCAUGAACUCUGGUGUGACGUUAAAUUAUUUUUUUAAAACUCAUUUUUAGGUUCUUUGCCUUCAAAGAGGAUUAGGGUCUCUGGAGAAAAUCCUGGCGUUCUGAGAUUAUUCUCUGAGGUCUGGAAGAAGGCAGCAUUCUGUAUUUGAUUUCAGGAUUCACAGAAUAAAGUCAGUAUUCUCAGUUUGUUGUCAGGACUUUAAGGAAGAAACAGAAUUCAGACAGUACCCCCUCUUGCCUUCUUGUUUGAAGUUGUUAUCUUCAGCCUUUAGCCUUUUGACUUUAACCUCAGAAUUAAGGAAUUCAAGUCAGCAUUUUAAUGUAUUUUGGAUUUAAAUCCACUGAAUUCUUACUUUAUUAACUCAGAAUUGUUUCUUUUAAUCUCAGAUCCCCAGUUCUCAGUUUUGUUUCCUGUGGCCCUAGUCCUCUUCUGUGGUUUUCCCCUUGGAAGGAACACUUCUGUCUUUUUUAAAAUACCAGUUCUGACAACAUUUGGGAAGUCAUGAAUUUACCCUUACGCUGUCAGAUCUUAGACCAGGCCUCGCUGAGACAGGCCUCAUUCAUAAACACCUUGUUAAGAAAGGCCCGGUUUGGCCUUCAGGUGAUCCCUGUGCCUUAUUCCUGGAGUCAGAAUGAUCUUAACUUUGACUUGGAGAAAAAAAAAAAUCCCCCAACAUGCCUCUGUAAAUUGACAAAGAGCUGGUUUACAGUUUAUAAAGGUUUACUGUUGAUGAGAUGUAUUACAGAUAUAUCCAUAUUUUAAGUGUAUUUUAUUGGUGUUGUUUUCCAGUCCUUAAUGUUAGUGUUUUGUACUGCUGGUUACUGUAGCGUCAAACAUGUGAACUGAUUCUGUUUUUAGUGGUUUGCUGGGUUUUUAGUCCUAGAUGCGAUUCUCUUUUCUUUUCUAUUUCUUUUUGAUUUCUUUAUUUCCAUGUAUGCAAUCACGUUUUAUUCAAAUCAAAUAUUGUAGCAAUAUUUUAAUCAUUCCUGAGCUUUUAUAUGUUGUUUUUUUUCGGCGUCUGGCGAGCCUGGCGGUUCUUCUUGCUGCUCUGCUGCCUUUUAGGGUCUGCGGACGAAUGUUUUGUUUCUGUCGUGUUCUGUUGGAUUUGUGAGUUACGAUAUUAGCUUGUCUUGUCUAUUGCGUUGCCUCUCUGAACGGUUUUAUUUAUAAGUUUGUGAUCCACUACAGCUGAAACCAAAAACGGCCUUCUAGAUGCAAACAAAUCCGCCUGCCUCAGGUUUCUGGUUUUAAGGACCACGAAAAACAAAAGAUGGUGAACUGGUUUAGGCGCUCUUGGUGUUUUCCUGUGGGAAUGUUUUUAUUAAUUUCUCGACCGCUUCACUGGAUUUAGCCCACCGGUGUGACUUCAGUCUCGAUUGCAAAACCAGUUGCUCUGUGGAGUGCCUUCAGCGCAGCGCUGAUUUGUACAUCAGGCAUCGAUUCCUCCUUAUUCUGAGAUGAAGUUUGACGGAGAAGACGCCCGGCAGCCGUCACAGCAGACACGUUCUGAAACCAGACGAUGCUGGUCUGGUUUUUCUGUGUCUUAGUAUUAUUAUGUCGACAUUCCAGCUGCUCAGAUGUCCACCUGAACUUCAUCAUGACGAAGCUCUUCACUGUCUGAACUGCAUAUUUCCUCUUAAUGAGCUUCUGAGAGGUUAACAGUCGUGGUGCAUUCAAGACCACCUGGGAGGUUUGGUAGAUGAGACUUUGAAACUAGGAAAAAAGGAAAAUGUUACCUGGUAUGUAAACGGCUGCUGUGUCCCAGUUCAGUCUCUUCCUCCUUCAGUUCCAGCCCACAUACCUUCAUACAGUUCAGUAGUCCCUGUCUCAGUCCAGAGGUUCAGAAGUUCAGCCUCCUGCUGUCUGAGUAUCCCACAAUACAUCGCACAUCAGGCACUUGCUUAAAGGCCCCUCGAUACGGUCAACAGACAAGACCUUUGAUACUAGAGGAUUCCGCCAAAACCCAGAUUACACUCCAAUGUUUUAAAAAGGUGUUUCUCUCUACAGUGUCUGCCCAUGGCAACUACAGGUAAAGAUUAUUUAUCUUUUAUAAAAAACCAAAUGUUAAUUGCAGAUCUGCGACAGAGGACCAUAACUCUGGACUGCUGCACGACUGUGGUUCCAGGGGAGGGUUAGGUUUUUAGGGUUAGGCCUCCAGGUGGGCAGAUCCACCCAGUUGUGGAUCUGAAUGUGCUUGAUUCUCCACUCUUGUUGUUUGAGCGUACAGUUGUCGUUGCGGGUUCUGCGUCUGAUCUGCAGCACCUGCAGUGUCGGAAUACGCUCAGACCACAUUUAUGUACAAUAAAUACCUGACACAUUUCGGCUCCGAUUGGUUACCGUGCUACGAUUUUCCACCUCUUCCGAGUCACAGGUCUUUUGUUUGAACUUUGCCCCCCUGACGAUCAGACUGUCAGAUUGUGCUGUUGCAGAGGAUUUCUCCUAGAAAAUGUACCGGAGCCUGCGGCUUUGGCCCGCUCCCUGUUUUGUGUUUUUUAUUUGAGUGGAAAAAAGUCUGCGGUUGAAACUGAACUGGGGACGUUGCAGUCACAGUAUAUGGUCUGCAUCCUAACCACGAGGUCGCCAGGAUGCCUCCUUUCACAGUUUCUGCUCUCACGUUUCACCUCUCGACAUAAAGGACGCACAACCCUCAACAUUAGCACCAAAACCUGGACAUAAAUUGUCCAGUGUCAACAUAAUUCCUCAGAUACUGAACCUGACCAUAGCAGACAUUCCUCACACACUCCGACAGCCUCAAAAUGCUGUACUGUACAAUCUGCAUUUUUCAAAAAGCUCCUGCUGGAUGUAAAUAAUGACGUGAAGUCCAGUGUUUGGACGUGUCGCUCUUCCCUAUUAGGAGGCUGCGACAUGCCGAGGGGGAGACAGAGGGACACGUUUGCCGUUAACCUGAAUUCAGAGCAGUUGCUGAAAUUUAAAUACUGAUGAAACUCUGCGUAAGCGCUUUCUCCCAGUUGACUUAAAUGCAUCAUGAGCCUUCAGUGACAGGUGAGACAGGUGAGACAGGAAUGGGACCAGUCAGUAAGAGGACGAGGGUUGGUGGGGGAGGGGGGUGUUAAACUGUACAUACAUGUUUUAUACCACAGUUUGGUGUCUGAAAGGUGAUUGUUGGUUUUAUAUCUGAUGAAACGUGUAUAUUUUGAUUAAAGUGUGCGACGGUUCUGAGCCUUACACUGUUUGUGUCACAAAGACAAAAACCAGA